UUUUACCCAGUUUCCUGUUUCCUGUGUUUCCUUGUGCCAUUCCGGCCAUUCCAUAAUUUAAGGUUCACUGUUUUUCCGAUGCUUUUCACCUUACUUUUCCGGACUUGAGACGAACAGAUUUCAAUGAAGGAAAUCGAAAUUCCCAGGCAAGAACAAUGCCGAACUUACUGAACGUUACUUGGACUUUUAAGGCUUCUCGGUAGCCCGCUGACGACCACCAAAGCGAAGGGGGUAAUAAGCGGUCAUGUGCUUGUACAGGCGAAGCGUCGCAAAGUUUCUCGCGCUCAACUAUUUCAACAGAUAUAUAGGGUUCGGCACCACCUAUUGGGGGAUCUGAGAUAUCAGCCACAUUGGCUGUAACCUGCUAGAGCAUCAUGCUGCAUCGCAAUGUUCCCCCAUUGCCCAACGGCCCGUGGCUUCUACCGCCUUACGUGGUUCUGACACCUCAGCCCCAAUUAAACAUGCCCCAUCCAAGGGGUCUAUCGCGGCAGUCUCCAAUGGGGUCCCCCAGGGCAUCGCCUAGCCCGUACGCCCGACCGUCUCAGCAGCCGUCUCCCCGGCCAGCACCCAGGCCAGUUCAGCAGCCGUCUCCUAGGCCACCCCAGAGGCCAUCUCAACAGCCGUCCCCUCGACUGGCUCCCAGGCUGUCUCAGCAGCCGUCUCCCAGGCCGGCUCCUGGGUCACCUCAGCAGCCCCGUGUCCAGCAGCACCCUGGCUCUCCUUCCACUCCAAGAAAGGGGCUCAAGCGUCAGUUGGAUCCGAUUGUUGUGGAGGACUGUCCGUCUCCAGAGGCCAAGCGCCGUCCCCAGGGAUACUCUGCUGGGGGGCAGCCACCCCCAGCGAACCGAGAAGCAGAGUGCAGCACGAGCAGCGGCAGCGGCACGGUCACAGCUGCCAACGAGAAGUGGGCCAAGGUGUCGGAAGGGAUCUUGAGGCACUUCAUGGAACGCCGGCAGUCCAAGGAGAUGUACAGUCAGAAGAUGGCCCUGCGGAACAAGGUCUACAGGAUCCUGCAGCGCAUCUUUCCGUUGUGUGGCCUCUAUGUGGUGGGCUCCUCCGUGAACGGACUGGGAUCCAACAGCAGCGACAUGGACAUGUGCCUAAUGCUCACCGACUCGGAGGUGGACCAGAGGAAUGAGGCCAUCCUGGUCUUGCGCCUGGUGAGCAACAGCCUGAAUCAGGCCGACUUUGUGACGAAAUCAGAGAUCAUCUAUGCCAAGGUGCCCAUCCUCAAGUUCAGUGAUAGGGGCAGCGGAGUGGAGAUAGAUCUGAACAUCAACAACUCAGUCGGCAUCCGCAACACUCAGCUGCUCAACUGCUACUCGCGCCUGGACUGGCGGGUGGCUCCACUGGCCCUGGCAGUUAAGGCAUGGGCGGAGCACCACGGCAUCAACCAGGCCAAAUUCAUGACCCUGUCCAGCUACUCCCUGGUCCUCAUGCUCAUACAUUACCUCCAAUGUGGUUGCCGUCCGGUCGUGCUUCCCUGCCUGCAGAAGAUGCUGCCUAAAAAAUUCCAAGAGGAGGAUGUGCGGAGCCUGAACCUGUACGAGGAGCUGCCGGCAUUCAAGUCCCACAACGAGCAGUCGCUGGGGGAGCUGCUGCACGGCUUCCUGUGCUACUACGCCCGGCAGUUCAGCUUCUCGGACAGCUGCAUCUCGGUGCGGCUGGGGGACUGCAUCCCCAGGGCUGCCGCCAUGGCUCACCGGUCGCCCAAGAACACCCGGCAGCAGUGGAAGUUCAUCUGCAUCGAAGAGCCUUUCGACCGCACCAACACGGCCCGGUCGGUGUACGACUACGCCGCCUUCCAGCUCAUUGUGAACACCUUCAAGACCAGCCUGGCUCGUCUGGAGGCCACCCACGACCUGUCGUGCGUGCUGCCCACGUCACGCUCCCCUCCGAGCUCCCGCUCCAAGUGAAAGGUUGCCGGCAUCCCUUCAAUGUCGUGCCCCGAUAGGAACUGCAGUUGUGCUCAUUUCUUGCCCUCAAGUUCGGGCUCGCGUAAAGUUUGGCCCCCGCCGACGUUGGGUCGACGUCGAGCUGACUGUGCGCCGACCCACAUGUUGAUGGGUUGACAUCGGGCCAACCACGCACUGAUCCACGUGUGCCAACUUUAGUGAUCUCGCCCCUCAGUGUCAAAGAAAGUUGGUGCUCUACAGGCACCUGGCUGGCACUGGUGAAAUAUUUCCCCUCUUUUAUGGUUUUGUGAAUGGUGUCAAUUGUAUCGUUGGUACAAUUUUCUGAAAGGCUCAGUACAAAAGAUGCCAUGUGGAAAGGUCUGAAGUGUUUGUGGCAGGCUGCAAUGGGAGUGAGGGAAGGUGGUCCCUAGAGGCUGUCAAGUUUCGGCUCAUACCUGCACUGCCUUGAGGUGUGAGCUGGGAUACAGAAGUAGGAAAGAAGCUUUUUAUGAAUGGAGUGCAAUGAACUUUGAAAAUUUUGAAUGCUGCUUUUGCUAGUUAGCAUCUGCUGGCAAAAUGCAAGGUUCUGAACCAACUUUUCUUUUUUUUUUUUUCUACUGUCUUGUUUUCAUAAUGCAGCCUUUUCUAGAAGCCUACUCCUCAAAUACUGAGAAAUUGUGAAUAGAGAAUAAAUAUAAUAUUUCAUAA